AUGAAAGUCGAGGAAUUAAUUAUUGACGGUUUCAAAUCGUAUGCUACAAGGACCGUCAUUUCUGAUUGGGACCCCCAGUUCAACGCCAUUACAGGUUUAAAUGGUUCUGGCAAAUCAAAUAUUCUAGAUGCAAUAUGUUUUGUCCUUGGUAUCUCGUCGAUGAGCACUGUUAGAGCCUCAAACCUACAAGAUUUGAUCUAUAAGAGAGGUCAAGCUGGUGUAACAAAGGCUAGUGUGACUAUUGUGUUUGAUAAUAGUGAUAAAACAAAUUUACCAAUUGGCUUUAAGGACUCACCUAAAAUAUCUGUAACGAGGCAAAUUGUAUUAGGCGGUACAUCAAAAUAUCUAAUUAAUGGUCAUAGAGCUCCUCAACAAACAAUUCUACAACUAUUUCAGUCUGUUCAACUUAAUAUUAAUAACCCAAACUUCUUAAUUAUGCAAGGUAAGAUUACUAAAGUUUUGAAUAUGAAACCAACCGAAAUAUUAUCAUUGAUUGAGGAAGCAGCAGGUACCAAAAUGUAUGAAGAUAGAAGAGAAAAGGCUGAGCGAACUAUGGCUAAGAAAGAGGAGAAGUUGCAAGAAAAUAGGUCAUUAUUAGUUGAAGAAAUUGGACCCAAGUUAGAAAAGUUAAAGCAAGAAAAAAGAAUGUUUUUAGAGUUUCAAACCACUCAAUCAGAUCUCGAGAAAAUUUCAAGAAUAGUUCGUGCUUUCGAUUAUUCUAAUACAAAACAGAGGUAUGAAACUGCGAAAGAUACAAUGGAAAAUGGCGAAAAACGUAUGACUGAAAUUGCUACUUUGCUAGAAAAGACUAAAGGUGAGAUCGUAUCAUUAAAUGAAGAUUUAGAAGAAAUAAAGAAUAGAAAGAAAUCAGAUAUAGAGAAGGAUGGAAAAUUAUCACGACUUGAAAAGAAAGAAGGAGAUUUACUGGAUCAAAUAUCGAGAUUAAAUACAACUUUGUCUAUUUGUAAUAAUGAUGUGACUGAUACAGAGAAGAAGGCAAAACAUCUUGUGGCAAGCACAGAUAAAAUUGCGAAGGAUCUGACAACUAAAUCAAAUACAUACAAAUUGAUAGAGAAAGAAUACAAUGAGUUGAAUGAGAAACUAGAGACGGUAAAAUCUAAUCACAAGACUAAGAGCGAGUUGCUAUCUACAUUAUCUACAGGUAUUUCUUCAAGUGGUGGGACAGAUAAUGGUUACACUGGACAAUUAGUUGCGGCAAAACACAAACUGAAUGAGUACCAGGUAGAUAUAAAGAAAAAAAAUAUGAGAAUCGAAAUUAUGAAUAGAGAAUUAACCACAAAUACACCAAGGUUAGAUGAAGCAAAACGUGAACACGCAAAAUUAGAAUUACAUGUCAAAGAAUUAGAAACAGGAUGUAGUGAUCUAACUAACAAUCUAGCAAAAUUUGGUUUCAAUCCUAGCUUUCAGCAGGAAUUAAAAGCGAAAGAGACAAACUUCCAAAAUGAGAUAUAUAGGGUUUCAAGUUCGAUGGAGAAUCUAAGAAGAAGGAUGAAUAAUUUAGACUUCCAAUACACAAAACCCUUUGAAGGGUUUAACACAGGCGCAGUUAAAGGUGUUGCGGCACAACUUUUUACAGUUAAAAAGGAUAAUUUGGAUUGUGCAGCAGCAUUACAAGUGUGUGCUGGUGGUAGGCUAUAUAAUGUCGUUGUUGAAGAUGAAAAGACAGCAUCUGAGUUAUUACAACGAGGUCGUCUUCGUAAACGUGUGACAAUUAUUCCACUAAACAGGAUCGCUACAAGGGUAGUUAACGAAAAGGUUUUAAAGACGGCAAAAUCGAUUGCACCAGGUUCUGUAGAUCUAGCAUUAAAUUUAAUUGGGUAUGAAGAAGAAGUGUCUAAAGCAAUGAAGUUUAUUUUUGGGGGUAGUUUGAUUUGUAAAGACGCAGAGACAGCCAAAAAAGUUACAUUUAACCCAAACGUGAGAACGAGAAGUAUUACUCUUGAUGGUGAUGUUUAUGACCCUGAAGGUACCUUAUCUGGUGGGAGCAGGAACGUUUCAAAUUCAUUAUUACUGGACAUCCAAAAGUACAAUGAAACAAAUUCAAAGCUUGCAAUUUUGGAGAAUCAAAUAUUAGGUAUCAAGGAGCAGAUUCAAGAACAGAGUAGAAUUUCUCAGAAGACUAAGACUUUGCAAAAUGAACUAAACAUAGCUCAGCAUAAACUUGACCUUGCUAGGAAGAGUCUCUCUUCAAAUAGUGCUACUCAACUUGUAGCAAGAAAGAAAGAAUUAGACGCAGAUAUUCAGUCAUGUAAUACGGAUAUUGAAAGAACUGAAGGUGACAUUGACACUUUAAAUAUGGAGAUACAAAAAAUUCAAAGAGAUGCAGAUGAAUUCGCAAACAAUAAAGGUGCAAAAUUGGAUGAAUUAAAGAAAGAGGUGAAUAGUCUAUCUAAUGAGAUCACUAAGUUAAACUCAAUAUUGGAAGAAAAAUACGACAUCUAUCAGAAUUUGCAAUUAGAUACGGAACAACUAGAUAGUGAUACCAAGGCAAAUGCAUCUUUAAUUGAACAAACUGAAGUAUCCUUAGAAAAUCUUAGACGAAAGAAAACUGAAAUUGAAGCUAAUUUGGCUUCACAAGCAGAAGACUUAACUGUUAUCCAGAGAGAAUUGGCUGAAGAAAAUAACCGAUUAUUUGAAAUUGAUGAGGAAGUCAAAGAGUUGGAGACCUUUAUUAAAAAUAAAAAAGAACUAAUUUCACAGAAUGGGCUAGAUGCGCAAAAGAUCAAAAACAAUAUUAACGAUUAUAGAAACAACUCAAAACAUUUGCAAAAAAGGCUUAAGGAAUUAACAGAGGAAUUCGUUUGGCUAAAAGAUUUUGACAUGGUCAAAGGUAUAGUUUCCCAGCAUGCGGGUAUUAAUUUGUCACAGUAUAAAGAAAGAGCUAAUCGUCUAGAGGAGAAUUAUAAAGUUCUAAGGCCCAAAGUUAAUCCAAAUAUCAUGAGUAUGAUAGAAAAUGUUGAGAAAAAAGAAACUGCCUUGAAAACAAUGAUUAACACUAUUGAGAAAGAUAAAUUAAAGAUCAAGGAAACAAUAUCUAAACUUAAUGAGUUUAAGAGGGAGACAUUAGUGAAGACGUGGGAGAUAGUUAAUAAGGAUUUCGGUAACAUUUUCGCUGAUUUGCUUCCAAAUUCUUUUGCAAAAUUGGUCUCGCAAGAGGGCAAGGACGUAACUGAAGGUCUCGAAGUUAAGGUAAAAUUAGGUAGCAUAUGGAAAGAGAGUUUAGUCGAAUUAUCUGGUGGUCAAAGGUCAUUAAUUGCAUUAUCACUUAUUAUGGCUCUGUUGCAAUUCAGACCUGCUCCAAUGUAUAUUCUGGAUGAGGUUGAUGCUGCUCUUGAUUUGAGUCACACUCAGAAUAUAGGUCAUUUAAUAAAGACAAGAUUCAAGGGAUCUCAAUUUGUUGUUGUUUCUUUGAAAGAGGGUAUGUUCACGAAUGCUAAUAGAGUGUUUAGAACAAGAUUCCAGGAUGGUACGUCUGUUGUCAGUAUAAUGUAG